UGGAAAAUGAGGGUAACUGACUGUUAAUUUGGAGCCAAUUAACAGUCAAAAUGAGUAGUGAUUCAUAUCAGGAAAAAAUCAUUGCCUUCAAUGGAGAGCUACUUUAUUUUAGACUGACUAAAGCCAGACUUACUGAUGGAGAAACAGACAGGACAUCAGAACUGCUGUUCAAAAGGAUGGCUUUCAAUGAAAGUACUGGCCGUUUUGAAACAAAAUCUGAAGGAAAGUCCUCUAUCAUCCAGGGAACGUCCAACAUUGAAAUCAUGUGCUGUAGUUCUGCCACAGACGCAAGAACUGGGAUGCUGGUGCCAUGCAUUUUGCUCAAGCAGUACAAGACAAAAAGAGCAAGUUUCAGAUACGCUCUACUGAUAGUUCACGGCUCAAAUAAUUUGGAACCCCAUAUGGAGUUUAAAUUGCAAUAUGAAUUGAAGGACAAUGUAACAUUGCUGAAGGGCCCAACAGUUCUGUGGAGUCAUGGAGAGACUGUUUACUUCACAUCUCUAAAGACUGGCAAAGUCUUAAGUGUUCCCAUUCAACUUCCAUGUGUGCAAUUGAUUGGGGAGCUGCAAGGAAAAGGCAUCGUGAUACUGGGAUCUAGAAAAUGCAUGACAGAAGAGCAUGGUGAUGCACAAUCAGACCAAGUAGUCUGGGGCAGUGAAUUUGUUGGGUACUUCUUGGAAAUUGAAAAAACAUUUAAUGCAGCAGCGUUUCUACCUCAUGCAUACAGUUCUGCGGUAACUUGUAUGUUUAUCGACACAGCAGAAGAAUUAGACAACCAAUUGAAGUCAGCCGUGGUCGCAGCAACCACAAAGAAUCAGUUGAUUUGGUUUGAAGGUGGAAUCCCAAAAGAUGUCUGCCAGCUUCCGUUUGAGGGACCGCAAAAAAUAGAAAAGGCGACAACAGGCAGGGAAGAUAGCCUGUUUGUUGUUACUUUCGACUGUGGAUAUGUCUGUUCAGUUUGGAAAGAAGGUUGGCAGGUGGCUUCCAGCUGGCAAGGUAUCCAAUCUUUGCACAUUGACGACUUUGUUCAUUGUGGAACGGAUCAGGUUUUAUUACUCUUUGAGACUUCUAAUGCAGAGGAUAUUUUCGAGAACUACACAGUGACAGAUCUUUUUGAAAUUACUUACUCCAGUAAUGUCGAAAAGUCUGAAGAUGUGAAUGAUGAUAGCGCUGUACAAGACAACCAUCUCCUUACUGUCCAAGCAUUAGAGGCCAGGCUGCAGUCUGGCCUGGCCUCAUUCCAGGAACUGCAGCAACAGUUAGAGGUGAAGGACCGGGUCCUGUCCCAAUCUUCCAUGGCUUUAACAAGUCUGAUCCAAGGAAAGGAGUGUGCUUUAUCAAAAGCAGAGGAGGAAGGUUUGGUCUCUCUGUGGGAAGAGGAGACCUGCACUGAGAUCGCCAAUGGCGAGGUUCUUUCUGUGUCCAAAGAUCUCCCAGAGUUCGUGGAGAAGGUGUGGCAGCGAGUGGUGGAUGACAGCUGGGUCGUAGGAGUGAAACUGACAGAAUCAGCUUGCUUAUCACUGGAUGAUGUGAGUUUAUCGUUAUUGAUGGAUCAAGACAUCUGCACAGCCCCUGCAGUCAUUCAGUCACAGAGUAAUGUGCUCCAAUUCAGCAAGUCUCCUUUCUCUGUGCCAUUUCCCCAGUGUCAGGCAGAACCGCUAGCUAAAAAGACUAGGCUGGCAUCAGAGAGAAGUGGGGGAGAUUCAGGCACCAGCUAUAUUGAAAAGUCGUGUUCAGAAUUUCACAGGAGUCAGACACAAACUGUUACCACUGUGACAGACCUGUCACCACUGCUAGCUUUCAGUAACCUUAAUUGCUCUGUGAUGCUGCGUGCCACAAUAAACACAUUUCACAAAGUCAGCCUGAGAGCAGGAACACCAGUAGUUUUCCAGUGCAGCAGAGUUUCUUUAAAUCUGGAGGACAUUUCUCUUGGAAAAUACUACCCCAAACUAUUGAACAACAGCAAACUUGCUACAGAAGACGCUUCCGAAGAUUUAUUCGCUCUGAUAGCAGUGUCAAGAAAGUGGUCAUUCCAGAUACACUCUCACAACCAUACACUUGGGGAUCUUAAUGACUGGCUGUUGGGGCAGAUGCAGUGUCAAAGAGCUGGUGUGAACCCGGACUACUUAUUGUGUAACAACCAAGGAGCUUCUGGUGUGAUUCUGUUUAACUGGAAAACAAAAUCAGCAUUUGAUGGUACUUUACACAUCCUGUGCAGAAGCCAGGCCGUUUUACUGAAGUGUUUACACUCUCUGUCUGGGAUUCUUCCUCCGUCUUGUGAGAUAAAGUACCUGAAACUGGGGAGAAAAAAAGACCUGGCAGACAGCCUAGCAAGUGCUUUAGAAAAAGAGCUUCUGAUGCUGAGAGAUUCCAUCUCCUCAUUGGUAAACAAAACCAACAUGGAUUUUACUGUGCGGGUCAGAUCAAAGAACUCGCGACCCACCUCUACAGCCGCCUCCUUGGACGCCAAGGCCCAGCUGCAACAUUUCAGAGAGGAAUUUGCUCUGGACCAGGAACUAAGCAGUUUGGGGAUGAGUUCAGAAGUAGAUGGAGGCAUCUGUAAACGGGUCAUUAAAAACCUGUCUGCGGUUCAACUAGAUGUGGACAGGGUGGCCUGGGGGCUCUGUAAAUCAUACUCCCUCUUCAUGGACCCCUAAAUCAAUGAUACAACAAUGUUAUUGCCACUUAUAUGUAUGUAUAGAUAGAUUACUGAUGUAUAUAAUGUUCUUGGACAACUGGAUUAAUACAAGUGUGUAAUGGGAAUAUGGAACUAUUGUUCACCUGUAUGUGAAUCUUGGAUGCCAA